UCCAUUAUGUGGCCACACAAUAUAUAUAUAUGUAUAUAUAUUUAUAUAUACAUUUCUGUUUGUGUGUGUUGGGAUGUGCAAGGUAGACAACAAGAGUAGUUAGUUGAUUUGUAUAGGGAUGUUAUGGCGCGCAAAGCAGUUGUGUUAUUUGUAGAAUGAAAGAGAAACUAUUGCCUGAAACCAUGCCAGACCAUAAAAACUCCUCUCACCCUCUCUCUCCAACCAACUCACUUCUCUGUCUCUCUUUCUCUUCCUCCUUCUCUUUCUUUCUAUCUCUCUGUGAGCCCCUUUUCACUUUCUUGCUUUUCUGCUAUCAGUUAUCUUUCCCCAUUGAUCAAAACUCAAGAACAAUACAAAUAAAUAGAUAAAAUAAGAGGCUGCAGAAAUAUUUUCCCUUCUGAUUUGAUACCCUUAUUGGCAACUUUUUUUGGGUUGUUUUUGCUUUUCUUGCAUGACCUCCUUUUGAGAUGUUAUGGGACCUCCAGAGGCUGAAGUAAAACCAACAUCUUUAGAAGAAGCAAAACAAACAUUUUCUGCUAUGGAAUCUGGACAUCAGAGUGGGACUAGGGAAGGUUUAACAAUAGAAACCGCCACGAAUUCUGGUGAAAAAUAUCAUACUGCACAUGGGAAAACGUUAAGCUCCUCAUCCUCAGCAUCUUCUAGUUCAUCAGGGUCUCCUUUUGAAUUGGAUAUUACCAAUAACAGAAGACUCUGCUCGAUUGAGAUUGCCUCUCCUAACGACACUCGGUUAGCUUCAGAGGAGUAUGGAUAUCCAGUUACAGGGCAUGAAACGCAUCCUAGCUAUAUAUUAAGCUCAAACAGCGAGUCCCCAACACAAUCUCCUCCAACACAGAUGAUGAUGGAGCCACCAGCCGACUCAACUCCCUCCGGGUACAGGAUUCCAUCUUCUGUAUUUGCUAGAAAAUCUUCAGCUCCAACGGAGUGGAGUGUUGCUUCUAACGAGUCUUUGUUCAGUAUUCAUAUGGGGAAUAUGAGUUUCCCGAGGGAUCAUGCGAACUGGUUCGGUAAGUCUGGAGAACUAGGCUUGUUAGGUGAUCCUCCCAUGUCCCCGAUGGUGGAUUUUUCAAACAGCCAAUACAUGAGUAAUCAACCACCAACCAACAACCCACCCGAAUCAGGACAACAAAAUGUUGGAGUUCCAGUUGAUGCACAUUUUGGUGUAACAGAGUCAAAAGCUGCUGAAACAAUGAGGGAAGUAAUAAAAGAGAACGAAGCUGACCAUGCUAACAAAGAAAACACUCAUGCCAAGAGAUCGCAGCUUUCUGCUAGCUUUCGUCGUUCCGACGUGAGCGGAGCCAGUGUCACAUCAUUUGCAUUUCCAAUAUUGACAGGUGAUCAUAAAGGCGACCCAUCAUCUCAAAAGCAACACGGAUCACCACAACCGCAAACUCCUAAAGUAGCUCAGGAGCAAGAGUUGCAACAGAAAUCACACCUAGAAACCACUAAGCCAGAAACCAAUGCUAAUAAUCAGAGCAAAUGGUUCUCUUGCUUUCCAUGUUGCCCUUCCUGUUCUUGAUCAGAAGCAUUGUAAUUUGAUCUAAUCUCUGUUGCCUUAUUGACAGAAGCUGUUUGCAAGGCAGUUCUCUCUCAACAUGCUAGAAUAGGUAUCCGUUGCAACAUCAGAAUAUAGAGAUAUGAUAAAACUGCUACUUUGUGUUCAUUUUCAGUCAGUUUUCAGCAUCAAUCUCAUUAAAUGAUUAGAGAAAUAGAGUUUUAGUUGGUUACUUUUUCUGGGGAUUUCAGAUCUAACCUUUUAG